UUUUUUGUUGGUUUUCCGACUUUUAACAUGUCUCCAAGAUUUUCUUCGUUUUUAAUUUCUUUUGAUGAUAUUUGUAUUUCUUCCUUCAUCAUCUUCUUUAUUUCUUCCUCAGGUUCUUCAAUUAUUUUAAGAUCUUUCGAAUUACCCUGGUUUUCUUUUCUCUCUCCUUUCAUAUCUGUCUUUCUUUCCUCCUCCUCCUCCAUACUCUCUUCUUUUUCCUUUUCCUUCUCCUCUUCCUUUUUCUCUUCUUUUACUUUAACUUCCUCCUUUUCCUUCUUUUCUUCCAUCUUUUCUUCCUUCUCCUCCUUACUUUCUUUCUUCUCUUCUUUAACUAACUCUUCCAUCUUUUCUUCAUACUUGUUCUUUACCUCAGCUUCUUUCUCAUACUUUCCUUCUGCCUUCACUUCCUUCUCCUCCUUCUCCUCAUUCAUCUCCUCCUUCUUUGCCUCAACUCCCGUUACCUUCACUUCCUCCACCUCAUUCUUUUCAAUCUUUCGUCCUUUUCAAUCUUUUUCAAUCUUUACCGAAACCCAGUAUUUUUUUCAUACAUUUUCACCUUCUUUCAUGGAACUUUUCAUCUUUUCCAUCGAACUUUUCACAUCUUAA